AUGGAAGGUUAUAUUCCUCUUGCGAAUUUGACUUUCAUCUUCAUACAAGUUUUGAUAGUAGGACGCUCCUCUGUAUUAGCCUUUGGCAAGAAUUCAACAUGCAGCGAUGGCCUUGGGCUCAACUACACCCUACCUAUGUUCGAGGUCUGCCGGGAACGCCCCGAUGAGAAUGGGAAGAUGAUGGCUACAACCCCCAAGAUAAUUCAACGUCGCGUAUCAUGCCCCAACUCUGGGAUGGCAAGAAUAUCUAGGCACCGCCAGUGUAGAUUCCCGGAUUGUCUCAGAAAUCCAUGCAAAAACGGCUGGUGUGAGGAGACUAUGGUAGGAUUCAAAUGCCACUGCUCCGAAGGCUAUACAGGGAACAGUUGUGAAAAGCUCGAGAAAGCGGCAAUAAUUUCUCGGAACCAAACGCAGCAUACUACGUCAACCAUAACGACAACGCAGCAAUCCACUACUACACCAGACUUCAACGAGUGCGCCAGCAACCCUUGUCGUAAUGGAGGAACAUGUACUGAUGACGAUAACCGUUAUCUGUGCCAGUGCAUGGCCGGAUGGGCAGGAGUUAACUGUCUAAUAAACUUGAAUGAAUGCUUGAGCCAACCUUGUCUGCACGAUGGGAUUUGCUUGGACGGAAUAAACAGUUACACAUGUCAGUGUGGAGAUGGAUGGACAGGCACCAAUUGUGGAAUUGACAUCGAUGAAUGUGCCGAUGAACCGUGUGAAAAUGGCGGAGUCUGUGUGGACGGAUUGAACAGCUAUACAUGUACUUGUACUGAAGGAUGGGAAGGGUCCACCUGUGGUGUUAACUUCAACGAGUGCGCCAGCAACCCUUGUCGUAAUGGAGGAACAUGUACUGAUGACGAUAACCGUUAUCUGUGCCAGUGCAUGACCGGAUGGGCAGGAGUUAACUGUCUAAUAAACUUAAAUGAAUGCUUGAGCCAACCUUGUCUACACGAUGGGAUUUGCUUGGACGGAAUAAACAGUUACACAUGUCAGUGUGGAGAUGGAUGGACAGGCACCAAUUGUGGGAUUGGUAAGUCAUAUUUUAAGUUCCUUUAG